GCCGGCUGCGGGGGGCGAGCGUCGCUGCCCCGGAGGCGGCUUAACCGGACUGUGCCUCCGCCUUCUCCCGCCGGGGCGCGGCUCCCCGCGCUUACUACUCCCGCCCCGCUCCGCUCUGCUCCGCCAUGCCGCCGGGGGCUGCUCUGGCCGGGUGAUGCCGCCGGCCUGGGGCUGGUGAAUGGAGGAAGAGGAGGAGGAGCAGCCCUCUGCCCAGCCAUCCCCGCCGCCGCCGGGCACCUCGGCCCGCGCCUCGCCGUCCUCGGGACGAGAAUGAGGACCCAGCGUCGGAGCCGACUCGCUUCCUCCCCCAUUUAAACCCAUAAGACGUUAUUAUAUCUCGCUCUAUAUUUUUCAUUUUAAUUUUUUUUGUAGGGUGGCUAUUUUCUCGGUCUCUGCCAUUGUGUGCGUCUCCUGGCUGUGUGGGAGGGAGGUGUGUGUGUGUGUGCGCGCGUGCAACUGGGCAAGGAUGCCGUGUCCAGCGUGAGGUGGAGCCCCGAGGUGGCUUGUGCUUUCAGCACCCGCCAGGCUGCACUGACCUUUGCCGGAGAGAGGGACGGCGACGCAAGCCUGGUGCCUAUUCUUCAUUAUUUGAAAGAGACUUUUAAGAGUUAAGGGUUUCGGGGGGUUUUGUGGGUGUUUUUUUUUUUUUUUUUUUUGGUUUUUUUGGAAAGUCACCUUCCUCAUUUAAAAAAAAAAGGAACCCCCCCCCCCAUGCAAACUGAAUCAAUCAUGUCUGGAGAGGUGCGUUUGAGACAGUUGGAACAAUUUAUUUUGGAUGGGCCGACGCAGACCCAGGGGCAAUGCUUCAGUGUGGAAACCUUGCUGGAUAUACUCAUCUGCCUGUACGACGAAUGUAAUAAUUCCCCGCUGAGGAGAGAGAAGAAUAUUCUUGAGUAUCUAGAAUGGGCCAAACCUUUUACAUCUAAGGUGAAACAGAUGCGACUACAUAAAGAAGAUUUUGAAAUCUUGAAGGUGAUUGGCCGAGGAGCCUUUGGGGAGAAGAAAAUGAACCCUGCAUUGGAGACUGACCCCUUUAGAGAGCUAUGCAACCAACAGGUUGCAGUAGUAAAACUGAAAAAUGCAGAUAAGGUUUUUGCAAUGAAAAUACUAAAUAAAUGGGAGAUGCUGAAGAGAGCUGAGACGGCCUGUUUCCGAGAAGAGAGGGAUGUACUAGUGAAUGGAGACAACCAGUGGAUCACAACGUUGCACUAUGCUUUCCAGGAUGAAAAUUAUUUAUACCUGGUUAUGGAUUAUUAUGUUGGUGGAGAUCUGCUCACCCUGCUCAGCAAGUUUGAGGACAGGUUACCUGAAGAUAUGGCUCGUUUUUAUUUGGCUGAAAUGGUGAUAGCGAUUGAUUCCGUACAUCAGUUACAUUAUGUUCACAGGGAUAUUAAACCAGAUAACAUCUUGAUGGAUAUGAAUGGACAUAUUCGGCUAGCAGAUUUUGGUUCUUGUCUGAAACUCAUGGAAGAUGGAACGGUCCAAUCUUCAGUAGCAGUUGGAACCCCAGACUAUAUCUCUCCAGAAAUCCUGCAGGCCAUGGAAGAUGGAAAAGGGAAGUAUGGACCUGAAUGUGACUGGUGGUCCCUAGGCGUUUGCAUGUAUGAAAUGCUUUAUGGAGAAACUCCAUUUUACGCAGAGUCCUUGGUGGAGACCUAUGGGAAAAUAAUGAACCACAAAGAGAGAUUUCAGUUUCCUGCACAAGUAACAGAUGUCUCAGAAAAUGCAAAGGACCUCAUCCGAAGGCUCAUUUGCAGUAGGGAGCAUCGACUUGGGCAAAAUGGGAUUGAGGACUUUAAGAACCAUCCAUUUUUUGCCGGGAUUGACUGGGAUAACAUUCGGAACUGUGAAGCACCUUACAUCCCAGAAGUCAGCAGUCCAACUGAUACAUCAAACUUUGAUGUGGAUGAUGAUUGCUUAAAAAACUCUGAAACGAUGCCUCCUCCAUCACACACUGCAUUUUCUGGUCAUCAUUUACCUUUUGUGGGUUUCACUUAUACAAGUAGCUGUGUGCUCUCAGACCGCAGUUGUCUAAGACUUUCAGCUGGACCACCCUCUAUGGAUCUUGAUGCCAAUAUUCAGAGGACCUUGGAGGACAGCCUAGCAACAGAAGCCUAUGAGAGGAGAAUAAGGCGACUAGAACAAGAAAAACUUGAACUUAGUAGAAAACUACAAGAGUCAACACAGACAGUCCAGGCUCUACAGUAUUCAACUGUGGAUGGUCCAAUAACAGCAAGCAAAGAUCUAGAAAUUAAAAGCUUAAAAGAAGAAAUUGAAAAGCUAAGAAAGCAGGUAACAGAUUCUGGACAGCUGGAACAGCAACUAGUGGAAGCCAGUUCUGCACGACGAGAAUUAGAUGAUGCUUCCAGGCAAAUUAAGGCUUUUGAGAAACAAAUCAGAGGCCUGAAGCAAGAGAGAGAGGACCUUAAUAAGGAACUGACAGAGUCUAGUGAGAGACUAAAAUCCCAAGCCAAAGAGCUGAAAGAUGCACAUAGCCAGCGGAAACUGGCUAUGCAGGAGUUCUCAGAGAUGAAUGAGCGGCUGACAGACUUGCACUCCCAAAAACAGAAACUUACCCGCCAGCUCCGAGAUAAGGAGGAAGAGAUGGAAGUGGUGAUGCAAAAGGUGGAAAAUUUAAGGCAGGAGUUGCGCAGAACAGAAAGAAUAAAAAAAGAACUGGAAGUUCAAACUGAAGCUGCAGCUGCUGAGGCAUCUAAGGACAGGAAAUUGCGUGAGCGAAGUGAGCAGUACUGUAAGCAGCUGGAGAGUGAACUAGAAGGACUAAAGCAAAAGCAAAUUGGUCGCUCACCAGGGGUCAGCAGCACAGAACAUCAGCAAGAGAUCACUAAAUUAAAGGCCGACUUGGAAAAGAAAAGUGUUUUCUAUGAAGAGGAACUAUCCAAACGAGAACUAAUGCAUGCUAAUGAAAUCAAAAACUUGAAGAAAGAACUGCGGGAUGCAGAGAGCCAGCAGCUCGCCCUCAAGAAAGAGAUUAUGAUCUUGAAAGACAAAUUAGAAAAGACCAGGAGAGAGAGCCAAAGUGAAAGAGAGGAGUUUGAAGCAGAAUUCAAACAGAAGUAUGAACGCGAGAAAAUUCUAUUAAUGGAGGAAAACAAAAAGCUCUCAAAUGAGCUAGAUAAGCUCACCACCAUGUUUGAGAGGCUAAGUAUGAACAACCGACAGCUGGAGGAAGAGAUGAGAGACCUGGCAGACAAAAAGGAAUCUGUGGCACAUUGGGAAGCCCAGAUUACUGAGAUCAUCCAGUGGGUAAGUGAUGAAAAAGAUGCCAGAGGGUAUCUCCAAGCUUUAGCAUCCAAAAUGACAGAAGAAUUAGAGGCCUUGAAGAACUCGAGCUUGGGUGCAAGAGCAACAGACAUGCCCUGGAAGAUGCGCCGCUUCGCAAAACUAGAUAUGUCAGCAAGGUUGGAACUGCAGUCAGCUCUUGAUGCAGAAAUCCGAGCCAAACAGGCCAUUCAAGAAGAGUUGAAUAAAGUUAAAGCUUCCAGUAUUUCUACAGAAUGCAAACUGCAAGAAUCAGAGAAGAAGAACUUGGAGCUACUAGGAGAAAUUGAAAAACUGAAAAAGGAAACGGAAGACCUUAGAUCAGAAAAGGGUGUAAAGCACCAAGACUCACAGAAUUCUUUCUUGGCAUUUUUGAAUGCGCCUACCUCUGCUCUGGAUCAAUUUGAACGCUCUCCUUCCUGUAUUCCAGCUAACAAAGGCAGACGUAUUGAUUCAGUUGAGAACUUCACGUUAUCUAACACGCCUUCACGGGAUGAAGAUAUCAAGUCUCACCUCCAUUCGAGAUCUAGGUCUCCUUCCACAGCUAGUGACAUUGAACCAAUUGAGGUCACAGAUCAUCCUCCACGUUCAGUUCACACGUCAACCAUGAGGACAGCGUAUAUUGGUUCAGGACUCUCAGCACCAAAGCCUAAGGCCCAUCAGUUUGUAGUGAAAUCUUUUAAUACACCUACAAAAUGCAAUCAGUGCACAUCUCUGAUGGUUGGUUUGAUAAGACAGGGCUGCACCUGUGAAGUUUGUGGAUUUUCAUGCCAUGUGACCUGUGCAGACAAGGCCCCAGCAGUGUGCCCAAUUCCACCUGAACAGACCAAGGGUCCUCUGGGAAUAGACCCACAGAAAGGUAUAGGGACUGCAUAUGAAGGUCAUGUCCGAGUUCCUAAGCCAGCUGGAGUUAAGAAAGGUUGGCAGAGGGCUCUGGCUGUGGUCUGUGAUUUCAAACUCUUCCUGUAUGAUGUAGCAGAAGGAAAAGCAUCCCAGCCCAGCGUGGUAGUGAGUCAGGUUAUUGACAUGAGGGAUGAAGAAUUCUCAGUGAGUUCUGUCUUGGCCUCUGAUGUCAUCCAUGCAAAUCGAAAAGAUAUCCCGUGUAUUUUUAGAGUUACAGCUUCCCAGCUCUCUGCAUCCAGUAAUAAGUGCUCGAUCCUGAUUCUCGCAGACAGUGAGAAUGAAAAGAGCAAGUGGGUAGGGGUGCUGAACGAAUUGCAUAGGAUUCUGAAGAAGAACAAGCUGAAGGAUCGGUCAGUCUAUGUUCCCAAAGAGGCUUAUGAUAGCACCCUACCCCUCAUCAAAACAACCCAGUCAGCAGCAAUCAUAGAUCAUGAAAGAAUUGCUCUGGGGAAUGAAGAAGGGUUAUUUGUUGUUCACAUCACCAAAGAUGAGAUUAUUCGUGUUGGUGACAAUAAGAAAGUUCAUCAGAUCGAGCUCAUCCCAAACGAACAGCUCAUUGCGGUGAUCUCAGGACGAAACCGUCAUGUACGGCUUUUUCCUAUAGCAGCUUUGGAUGGAAGAGAGACUGAGUUUUAUAAGCUGGCAGAAACAAAAGGUUGCCAGACAAUAGUUUCCGGACAAGUGCGCCAUGGAGCCCUUACUUGCCUGUGUGUGGCUAUGAAAAGACAAGUCCUCUGUUAUGAACUAAAUCAGAGUAAGACACGUCACAAAAAAAUUAAGGAGAUCCAAGUCCAGGGAAACGUCCAGUGGAUGUCGAUCUUCAGUGAGAGGCUGUGUGUGGGUUACCAGUCUGGAUUCCUCAAAUAUCCCUUGCACGGAGAAGGGAACCCAUAUAGUUUGCUCCACCCAGAUGACCACACACUAUCAUUUAUCUCACAGCAGCCAACUGAUGCCAUCUGUGCAGUCGAAAUAUCAAAUAAAGAAUAUCUGCUGUGUUUUAGCAGCGUAGGGGUUUAUGUUGACUGCCAGGGUCGAAGAUCUAGACAACAGGAAUUGAUGUGGCCUGCAACUCCAUCCUCUUGCUGUUAUAAUGCACCAUACCUCUCAGUGUACAGUGAAAAUGCAGUUGAUAUCUUUGACGUGAACUCCAUGGAAUGGAUUCAGACUGUUCCACUCAAGAAGGUACGACCUUUGAAUACAGAAGGAUCACUAAACCUCUUAGGACUGGAGACAAUUAGAUUAAUAUAUUUCAAAAAUAAAAUGGCAGAGGGAGAUGAAUUGGUCGUUCCUGAGACAUCAGAUAAUAGCCGAAAACAAAUGGUUCGAAACAUCAAUAAUAAGCGUCGUUAUUCAUUCAGAGUACCAGAGGAGGAGAGGAUGCAGCAGAGGAGGGAGAUGCUACGAGAUCCUGAAAUGAGAAAUAAAUUAAUUUCUAACCCAACUAAUUUUAACCACAUAGCACACAUGGGUCCAGGAGAUGGUAUACAGAUCCUCAAAGACCUGCCUAUGCCUGUCACCAAUUAAACACACAUGAACUUGUCCCGGCAGUUCAGUUCAUUUUCUGGCCCUCAUAUCCUUUGAAGCCCCUUUAUCAUGGAAGCUUGUAGUGAAGAUCUGAAUUCUGGAAUUCUACUUCCUGCAGCACGUAUCAGCUGUCUACUUCAGAUAUGCAGAAUUGAUUUGUGCUCCCAUGCUCUGUAUGCCUGAAUAUUUUACUUAUAAAAUCUAGUUCAUUGUACCUCAAUUCCACUCCAUUUUACAGGUAUCAUUAUAGUUCAGUAAGAGACAGAUUAUUUGUAAAGUUUUAUCUGUUUCAGUAAAAGGCAUUCAAAGUAAUUAAUAUCACACAUAUUUAGUAUUUCUUACUUCCAGCGUAAACCUCACUUAUGUGUCAGAUGGCAGAAUAUUAUCAUUCAAUCCUCGGUUUCACAAUGUGUCACUAUAACCCAACUUUCUCCUAUUAAUGGGAACUGGAUAAAUAUUUCUGUGGUCAGGAGCUGGUUUACUGUCCACUUCAAAGCUUGUAGUAUCAGGACAGGUUUGUUUUUUUUUCCUUAUUGGCAUUUAGCAACAUGACUUGAUUUUGCAGCAGGCUCUCAGUGUUGUGCUAAUGGAGAAGCCAUUCCCACUUUCCUGUUUGGAAAAGUAUCUUCCUUGCUUAUUGAUGACUGUACUGAUAUUCUAGAUACAGCUAACCUUAUUAAUAGCAAUGAAUAUAUAUUAUAUACUGUAUGCUGUAAAUCUAUGUUUCAUUGACAUGCAAUGCUUCAUAACACCAAUACAUUAAAAAAAGUAAAAGAAAACAAAAACCCUAUUGGGAUUUUACCAGCUCAGACUGAGGGAACAGUGCAGAACAGUAAUAACUCUAGCUUAAUCCCAGAGGUAAUGUGUAUGGGAAUGCCAUUUGAUGCUCUUCCCAAACUUCCAUAAAUUCCUUAUGUGACGAAUAGUGCCUUAGGUUUACCAGAGGGAUAUUGAUUUUCAGCCUUUUUGUACCAUAUUGCCAGCAUUGCUCAGACAUUUUUUCCCCAAAAGAUGAAGAGAGCAGUUGAACAAAAGGAAGCAAAAAGGGUUAUUGAGUAGGAAAAGCUGGCCUACUUUCCCAGUGGCCAUUAUCCUACCUAUCCAAAAACAGAGCAGCCUACUGGGUAUGUAAAGGUAGGAUCCCUCCACAGAGGGAGGAAAAAUGAGACUUAGCAAGUUAUUCAGAUACAUCUUGUGGAUUUAGGCAGCUUUGAAUGAUAAAAGUGGGACCUAGGCAUUGUGCUGUCAGCACAUUCUGUGGAGACUGAUUAGAAGGCGAUUUUUGUUUAAUUAGUAGGUUCAGCUCUUUUCCCAUCCUUUGUUUUGGGAGCACAGCACCCAGCAGGUUACUGAGCUGAAGUACAAGGCUAGCCUCACCCACUGGGAAUGCAAUUCACUGCUGUGCAGACCACAUGAGGUCUCUGCACUACUGAAGUCCUGUAGGGUCUUUAGUGGGACAUAGGCAUUAUGCUGUGCCCUUCCCUACAGGUAAGCUCGACCCCACUUGUGUGACACUAAGCAGUUCGCUUUCCUGCCUGAGCUCCAUUUCCCCAGACACUAUGUUCCCUCGCAUUCUCAGUAUCUACUAUAUCCAUAUGUUUAUGGAUAUUUAUAAAAGUGGCCACCCCUUAAUGCAUGCAUAGCAAAAGGAAGUGUCAUGCUCUUUCACUUUCACCGUUGUGCCUCUAUCUUUACUCCCUUCCUUAUCAUCUCAUCCACGUUCACCUUGCCUUGCUUGUGUCUCAUUUAGAUUGUAAGCUCCUCGAAGCAGGGAAUUGAUGCUUUUUGUUUGUCUGUAAAAAGUCAUACACAACUAUGGUGCUGUUUGAAAUAUAAAUGACAAUAAACACUAGAAUCCAUUCUGGAGAGUUACAAGUUUGAUUUAUUGUAAGUUGCUAGCAACAGUAAGGGUGACAGGUACCUGUGAUACAGUCGAAAGAGAUUGAUAGGGGAAAGGUGGGGUGCUGACCUGGGGGAUCUGCCUACUUGUGUACAGGCAGGGAUUAUUUGGGAAUUUGAUCCUGUUCUUCGCAUGUUCCUGCAGAUUGUUUGUUAGUAAUUUCACAUUACCUGUGUAACCAUGAAACCAUCCUUCACUGCCUCUUUUUUUCUCUCU